CCUGACUCACCAUCAAAUUCACACAGCUACUGCCCAUCUCCUCUCUCUCGAUCCGUCCGCUCCCCAUCCCGGCCGCCGUCUCCUCCCCGCCGCCGCCUCCCACUCCACGCCGCCGCCUCUCUCCAAAUCCCGACCAUGGAGGGGAACCUGGACGCGGCGAUCGAGUCGCUCCUGAACGUGGAGAAGCAGUGCAGGCUGGCCGGGGACGUGGCCGGCACCAGGAAGGCCGCCGUCGACAUCGUCGAGCUCUGCUUCAAGGACGCCGCGUGGAAGACGCUCAACGACCAGAUCGUCGUCCUCUCCAAGCGCAGGGGCCAGCUCAAGCAGGCCAUUACUGCUGUGGUUCAGAAAGCGAUGGAGUACAUUGACGUGACACCAGAUGUAGACACCCGUAUUGAGCUUAUCAAAACAUUGAGCAGCGUCGCUGCUGGAAAAAUAUAUGUAGAGAUCGAGAGAGCUAGAUUGAUCAAAAGACUUGCAAAAAUCAAAGAGGAGCUGGGAAAGAUUGACGAGGCUGCUGAUUUGAUGCAGGAAGUUGCUGUUGAAACAUUUGGCUCAAUGGCAAAGACAGAGAAGAUUGCAUUUAUUCUGGAGCAGGUUCGGUUGUGUCUGGAUCGUCAAGAUUAUGUCCGGGCACAAAUAUUAUCCAGGAAAAUUAGCCCUAGGGUCUUUGAUGCAGAUACAUCAAAGGAAAAAAAGAAACCAAAAGACGGUGAUAAUAUGGUUCAGGAAGCCCCUGCGGAGAUACCGUCACUCUUAGAACUGAAGCGCAUCUACUAUGAACUGAUGAUUCGCUAUUACUCACAUAACAAUGAUUACCUUGAAAUCUGCCGUUGCUACAAGUCGAUUUAUGAAAUUCCAUCAGUAAAAGAGGAUCCAGCAAAGUGGAUACCGGUUCUUAGGAAGAUUUGCUGGUACUUGGUGCUGGCUCCUCAUGAUCCAAUGCAGUCGAGCCUUCUCAAUGCUACACUAGAGGAUAAAAAUCUUUCUGAGAUCCCAAAUUUCCGGUUACUACUGAAGCAACUCGUUACCAUGGAGGUGAUUCAGUGGACAAAGUUGUGGGAAUUCUUCAAGGAUGAGUAUGAGAAUGAGAAGAAUUUUCUUGGAGGAGCUUUAGGUACCAAAGCUGCGGAAGAUUUGAAGCUGAGGAUCAUCGAACAUAAUAUCUUGGUUGUUUCGAAGUACUAUUCAAGGAUCACCCUGAAGAGGAUUGCGGAUCUUCUUUGCUUGAGCUUGCAGGAAGCAGAGAAACAUCUUUCAGACAUGGUGAACUCAAAGGCCUUGAUUGCAAAGAUUGACAGACCAAUGGGGAUCAUAUCGUUCCGGACAGCUCAGGACAGCAACGGGGUGCUCAACUCGUGGGCGUCGAACCUCGAGAAGCUUCUUGACCUUGUUGAGAAGAGCUGCCACCAAAUACACAAGGAGACCAUGAUCCACAAGGUGGUGUUGAAAGCGUAAUGUGUAACCGUUUUGAGUUAGAUGGCCUUCUUUAAGCCCUCUGCCCUGCCAUUUGAAUGGUCUAGUAUCACAAUCUCAGGAUGGGCAAAACUAUUCUCUGCUCAAGCAUCACAUGCUUGCUUAGGGAACUCGUGUGUGAAUGUCUGAAAAUACUGUAACCACAGAACGAUGAAUACCAUUGGCUGUGCUCGUUUUCACAGCUCAUAUACUUUUCUGAACAUUGUUUGUAUUCUUUGCCAUCUGCUCUUCUGAACCUAGAUGUAUCUGCUCUUCAGAACUAGACCCAGUUUCUCAUUGA